AUGUCAGACCUGCGAUACACCAACUACCCUGGCACUGAAGCCAAUUCAAAGGACUUCCAUUAUUCCCAAGCUGUCAAAAUCGGUAACACCAUCAAAACCUCCGGCCAAGGUGGCUGGGAUAUUCACGGAAAAAUCACCCCCGACAUUCAUGCGCAAGUUUCAACUGCCUUUCAAAACGUCGAAAAUGCUCUAAAGUCAGUCGACAGUCGAUUGUCAUGGCAAAAUGUGUACGCCGUCCGCAGUUACCAUACCAAUGUCACCGAAACAUUUGAUAUCGUGACCUCGAACUUCAAGCACACCCUCCCUAAUCACCGGCCUAUUUGGACUUGUGUAGAGAUUGCGAAACUGGGGAUUGAAGGCAUGGUUAUUGAAAUCGAGGUCGAGGCAUUCUAUCCGUUCUAG